ACAAAUCCCGGAAGUUCCUGUAAAAUCUCGACUUUAGUUUCCUGCAGACUUGUCUCCCUGACAACCGAUUGAAAUACAGAUCACUUCAGAGGAAGGUUACAACUUUCCUGCCUUAAAUAACCUCCCAAAAGAGACUGCUGAUACACAGCUAUGUUCAGCAACUCUAGGUCGAAACCUGAGAGCUUCAGGAGCGAUGUCCAUAAACUGCUGCAGGCCGCUGAAGCUGGCCAGAAGGCUGACAUUCUGACCUACCUCUCAGGUCAUCUCGGGCCUCGCACACUAAACAAGAGUCAGUCCUACGUGGACACAAAGCAGUCCUUAUGGACCAACUCACAGAGACAAGGAGCUACCGCUAACCAUCAGACGGUCCGCUUGAAACAGACAAAGACACUGACCCACACGGAGAGUCGUUGUGCUGAGUUCACCAGCAGAACUGUUUCUGUGUCAAGACCAGUGCAGGCUCCGGAUCCCUCAUCACAUGCAGACAGGAGACAAGAUAUUAGUCUUCCUUACAUAAUCCGUCAUUCCUCAGGCAAUGUUUCAGUCCAGAUGAACGCUAUUUCCCAGAAAAAGCCAAACUCUUUAUCUAAUCCAGAGGGAAAACAACAGUUUGACUCAAGUGUUUCUGACCAAAAAGGAAUGAAUAAUGAAGACCAGCUAAAGACUAAACAAUGGUUUGGCAGGCAGCAUGUAGCCAAGCAGAAACUCUGGGCUGGGAUAAAUGUUGCUGAAAUGCUUGAGAGGAAACUACAAAAGGGGCUUAAGAAGCUGUCGGCGCAGAGCUGGCCUAGCACAGACCGACUUGCGGUGUUCAGUGACGUCUUUGAUGAUGUAUGUGAACACUCGCCAGUAUUUGGACGCAUCCUGAGGGAAAUUAAGACAGAUUAUGAUUUGUACAUCCACCGCUUGACGGCGCCACAGUCACCGGCGCCCGACGGGAUGUUGGAGGCUUCACUUGAAGAGUUUGGAGACAGUACAGUAACAUCAGUGGAGCUGAAAAAUGCUGAAAAGGAAAUCUUUAGACUGGAGCUGGAGGCCAGCAGAGCUUUGAAAGAGAAUAAACAGCUCAAAGAAGAACUACAAAAUCUGUCAAUCACCGACUCUGUGGAGACUGACUUCAGCAUGCUGCAGGACAGUGAAACCUUCAACAGAGACUCCAACAGUGUCUGGCUGAAGAGGCGUCAGGUGUUGGAGGUGUGGAUGGAGAUCCAAGAGCUGGAGCAAGACCUGAAGGAGAAGCUGGUGUCCACGGUGACGACCACUGCCACUGAGAAACACGUCAAGGACCUGAAGAAAGAAACGAUGCGACUGAUUGUCUCAAAUGACCGUCUGAAGAGCAACAACCAGGCAAGAGACGCUUUCUGUUCCACAGUAUCAUGGAUAUAUUUUCAGAAAUGCAUAUCUUGUCAAAUGGUCUUGUGUCAUCUCUAUUUGUUUUUGAAGAAUCUAGAAAAUAAAAUCAACAUGGUGCUGAACAGAGAGAAGUCCAGCCAAGCCAUACAGCGGUAAUGUUCACUGGUCACAGCUGCUGACAUGGACUUCACAGAUAACAUUUUGAAGGAAAAAUAUAUUUUUUUGACAAUUUAUUUUCUUUUAAAAUAAUUGGCUAAUCUCACACUGUUUUGUAGUAAAAAAUACUAUUAAUUAAAUAUUUCCACAUCACUUUGUCUAUUUUGUGUAU